UUGACGGAUGCACAGGUAAUGGCUCUGUAAGCUCUGUUGCAGAUAACCUCAAUUAAAGGGAAAUUGUCAAUAAAUAAUACGACAUCGAUUAAAGGCAUUACUUUAUCUCCAACCAAAGGUUAAUUUAAAAAAAUAGCACGACUAGAAUUUCGAUAAUUUAAUCGUGAUAUUAUGAGGUACCAUUUGCUAUAGAUAUUUUUAAAAUUUCUACUAAAACUAAAAUGAAAUAUUGAGGAAGAGAGAACGGGAUCUAUAAAUAGAAGAAAAGAAGAAAGGCCCCUAGUUUGACAACUAUCCGACUCGAAAGUAGCAGAGCCUGAGACUAUUAUAUUUAGAAGAAGUCUCUAGGUAGCAAAUGCAUAUCCGACCUCUGGAAUAAGGUGAUCAAAUCACAAGUGAGAGAUGGCAGAGAAUAACGCCAUCAAGAUGAAAGAGGGGGAUUCAGAAGCCAAUGUAGAUAUCAGUCGUUAUUUGAACAGCGCACCGCCCACGAUCUUCGACGAGAUCAUCGCAUUUCAGAAGCCUUUAUUCGACGUACAGUCGACUUCCGUGAGUCAAGUCUCCAACUGCGAUCCCCUAUCCGAUGGAUCGAGGACGAGCGCUUAUGACCCGGAUACCUUGCACACGUCCACGAGCUCGCUGCUGGAUGCUGCAGUCGAUCGAGUCGAGCACAGCGCGCUGAACGACGCUUACAGAGAUGCGUGGAUACCGUCGGAGCACACACGUAAGAUUCUAGGAUCAAUCGCGACCACCGCAACUGGCACAAGUCACCUGGACCGAGAGAACCUCACUAUGCCUGGACUGGCUGUGCAGGGUGACAUGCCUGACUUAAUUAAGAACGCCUCUAUCCACUUUCUGGGCGAGGACGAGAACAUUCAUCGGAACGUGCUCACGGCGUCCGAUGUGACGCAAGAUGAGCGCGGUUUGAGGAAUCUGAUACAGGUAGGCUGCUAUCGAGCGGCGGUUAAUCUGUCUGGUAGAUUGCUGGCGAUCUACGCUCAGGGCUAUGGCAAGAUCAAUCAGCCCAGCAAGCACACGCCCCAUUCCCUGCAGCUGUGGUACACAAGACUGUCGCUGUUGGCCAAAUUACGGCAGAUUGACGUGCUGGAAAACGAGUCGAAGCCAUUCGGCAAUCUGGACAAGCCUGAUAUGUACUUCACUUUUUACCCGGAAUUGUACGGCACCAGACGAGGCUCCAUGGCGUCGUUUGCAUUCAGAUUAUUGCUGGCAGAGAUCCCAGCUUACUAUGGCAAACCGAAACAAACGUUAGAAAAUUUGUAUAAACUAUUGGCGACCGUCAAUCAGAUCAUAGCCAAUUUCCGAGCUGGUCUCUCCCCCUCGAGCAGCGAGGGGACAAAGGAUGCGAAGAUCAGCGAGUCCGAUCAGCAAGACGCCGUGAAACUGUGGACUGCUAGAAAAUCUAGAAUCCUUGUUUCCGUCGUCAAUUGCGCCAUCGGUAUGAGAAACUACAUUCUCGCGAUAGAGAUAUUGGAGGAUCUGUGCAAGUUGCCUGAUUGGACCACAGAGCAGAUAGGCAUCUUCACGUCGGCUAUAGGAAGGGUACAUUUGUUUCUCGGCGACGUUACAGCGGCGGAAAAAUAUCUCGUUCGUCUUUUGUAUCUUCAUAAGGAGGAUAAACCAACGAGCGUCAGACAACUAGUAGAUGCUGGUCUAAUGGCAGUCGCGGAGAAUGCUUUUCAAGAGGCCUACAACUGCUUUCAGUACGCAUCGACGAUGGAUCCGUCUAACGUAAUGUUGAUCAAUAAUAUGGCGGUAUGUUUGUUGUACACCGGUCAGCUGAAAGCGGCUGUAUCGUUAUUCGAAAGCGCCAUCAAUAAAAAUCCAUUGAAGAGUCUGCAAGAGCCGAUUUUACUGAACAUGUGCACGUCGUACGAGCUGCAUACGACGCAUUGUAAGCAACCAAAGUUGCAUUUAUUGCGGCAGCUGAACAGAUACAAGGGCGACGCAGCCGAUAUUCAAUGUCUAAAACUAGCAAUGUAAUGUUAGUCGUGAAUUGUUACUGUUAACAUUAACGCAUUGCGAUCCGAGCCCGUUAUUUUUAUAAAUUAUAAGAUAUAACAUAAGAUUAGCAGGUUUAUGUCAGUUGCAGCGGUUCCUAAUAAUAAUAAUAAUAAUAAUAAUAAUAAUAAUAAUAAUAAUAAUAAUAAUUUUUAAUUUUUACAAUCUCCAACUUAUUCAAACUACGCGCCGCACAUUCGUCUGACUUUAAACAGUCAUGAAGCCGGAAUAUGCAAUAUUAAUGUUUUAAAAGCAUAAUGUAAGAUCCCCUCUCCCUGGAAAAACUGUAAAGAAUUUAUUGCGAAAAAAUAUUGUUAUAGUAAUUGUUUAACUUAAAGAAUAAUUGCAAAUUUUUUGCUAUUUUUAAGUACAACUACUCGAGCUGUGCUUGGGAUCGGGUCACAAAGCGUUAAACCUCAGGGAAGAUGUAAAUGUGAUAUUAAUAAGAAUAAAAAUAUAAUGUUUUGUUAUGUAAUCUCUGAAUAUUUUUUGUUUUUAUUCUCACGUCAUGUCGUUAAUAUAUAAUGUCAAUUAUUACUUUAUGUCCUACCAACGUCUUUACCUCGUACUUCAAUCGAUUAUAUAGAAAGUAUGUAAUUGCGCAUCCCGAAUUUCCCUCCCAGGGUCGUCGAUCACACAAGAAACACAACAGCGGGGCAUCAAAGUAAAAUAGCCUUUAUUACAUCGUGAAACGAGGACAAUUUAACGAAUGUUCAACAAUUGCUAUAGUUUUCUCUCCACCUCACACUCUCUCCCUCGCUCUAUUUCUCUCUUCAUUGUUUUUUGCUCUCUCGCUCGCACGUGUCGCUAAACACGUGCGGUUUAUGCGCACGGUCUUUCCCUUUUCCCGUUUACCGACUCUUUCGCUUUUUUUUUAUUACGUUCCUUUUUAAUCGAAAGAAUACGGGUGUCGCAGCGUUCUCCGAAAAUAUAUAUUAUGCAAUAAUCCAGUGUCUCUUUGCUAUUUCUUGCGUUUACAGUAUGCGGUUUAUUCACGAUCGUUCUUUUUGCGGAUUGGUUUCCAUGCUUCGAAUUUCUCUCACUGUUUCCUCGUUUUCCCGUUUCCCUAUCAUGUUACUUU